ACUUGCAUCUUCGCUUAUGGUCAAACUGGUUCAGGUAAAACUUAUACUAUUGAAUAUAUUUUAAAUGAAAUAAUAGAUCUUGCAGGCUGUGAAAGAAUUAAUAAAAGUUUAGUUGAAAAUAAUAAAUUAAAUCAAACUAAAUAUAUAAAUAAAAGUCUCUCAGCUUUAGCUAAUAUAAUUAAACAAUUACAAAAUAAAAAUUCUUAUAUUAAUUUUAGAGAUAAUAAAUUAACUCAUAUUUUAAAAGAUAUUUUUUCUCAAAAAAAUAAAACUUAUAUUUUGUUCUAUUUAAUCAAGUAUUAA